AUGUCCGGCGUCUGGAUAUUCUACAAAAACGGCGUCACUCGACUCAUCCCAAACCCGACCCGAGAGUCCUUCGAGCAAAUGGAACCGCCCUAUCCGGGUACAGCCACGGCACCGGGAGCUCGACCCCGAGUCUUGAUAUACCUUCCGGCUAACCAGGUCAUCCGGUCCUAUACUGAACUCGAGCAGCGACUCACUGAAGUCGGCUGGACUCGCUACCGGCCCAACUCAUUCUGCCAACCGGACCUGGUGCAAUUCCACCGCUCGGAGCACUCGGCUCACCUCAUCUCGCUCCCUGCAAACUUCGAUCAGUUCAAGUCGUUUCAUAUGUACGACAUCGUCGUCAAGAAUAAAUCCUUCUUUGAAGUUCGUGAUCCUAAUGCAUUAUAG